AAGCAACUGAUGCUGCUCAACCUUUAUGGCAACCACAUCACAGUGCUCCCCCCACAGGGGUUUCAGGACCUCCUGAACCUUCGUUUCCUCAUGCUGGGCCAGAACCAGAUUGGGAUUCUCAAAUCUGAGAUGUUUGCUGGCAUGAGGAACCUCUCUGACCUUGAUCUACCUCUUAACGCGCUGACAGCGCUUCCGUCUAACGCCUUCAAACCUUUGAUUGCCCUCAAAGUGUUGGACCUUUCCCUGAAUCGAAUCCAAAGGAUCUUUCCCAAAGCCUUCACUGGACUCAGACAGCUCCUGUUCCUUAAUCUGGACAACAACAGUCUGAAAACUGUCCCAUCUGGAUCGUUCCGGCCACUGAGAUCACUGGAGAUGCUGGUUCUGGACAACAACCUCCUGUCAACCCUGAGUCAGUCAGCUCUGGAUGGCCUUAGCAACCUGCAGGAGCUCUACCUGAGGAACAACGAGCUGGAGCAGCUGCCAUCUGGUGUGUUCAGCAACCUGCCCAAGCUCUCCCAGCUUGGACUCAGCGGAAACCGCCUGAAGACCCUGGACGGAAACAUGUUCAUCCAUAUGCCAGAGCUGAAGAAGCUGUACCUGCAUGAGAACCCGUGGAGGUGCGACUGUGACAUCAUCUCUCUGGUGAGGUGGAUGGGGCAGAACAAGGCCGCCAUGUCGCCCCGGUACGUCGUGAAAUGUGCGAGCCCGUUACAGCUGAAGAAUAAGAGCCUGAGCAGCCUGCAGCCGGCGACGCUGCUGUGCAGCGCCUAACGUCCGGGAGCAGACCCCACCAUGAGGACAAGUUCAUAUGUCAAAACCAACUUACUGUUUUAGUAUGUUUUCUGUUCUGAGCUACAGUGUGAAGAAUAUACACACCAAACUCCUAUCUAAUGUAAUAUUUAUAAUUUCCUCUAGAACCUCUGUUUCAGAUACCAUGUGUUUUUUUUUUUGCUUCUCUUUGUGAAUGUUUCUGACAUCAAACAGCAUUAAAAUCUCUUCGCUGCCAAAGAUUUUAAUUGGACAGAGUGAGGACUGUCUCCACCAACGGAGACCACGUCUGCUUCCUAAGCUCUUAAAUUCAGCUGUGAGAUGAACAUUAAUCUCAUAAUCUCAUAUUUUCCAAAGAAUCUAUCCAAGUAUGGAAAGAGAGGGAUUACAUGCAAAAGGAUUACAUUAAUCUUGUUCGAGAAGAGUCCUUUAAAUUUUUGUAUUUUGAGCAGGGAAUUUGAGAAAGGAAGACUUCUCGUUCUCGUUAAGCUGAAAUAAAAAUGGUCAGGCUGUUAAAUCUGUAUUUUUCUAAAAUGAAGAACAAAUGGUAAAUAUGGUGCAUAUGUUCAGUCUUGAUCCUGCAGUAUCCAGAUGAAUUCUGCUAAACCCUUGAUAUGUAACCUGCUGAAGGCCUGGAUUUCUCUUUGAGAGAUUAUUUCUUUUUUGAAAUGAGAUGUAUUCAUUGAGGUUAAGCAGAAAAACCCUGAAUUUCUUUUUUCUUUUUACUCUCAUAUUAUGAAUAAUUUCAACUGAACAGGUAAACACAGAGCAGGUCACACAAUAACCAACAAACACAAAGGAAUAAAACUGAAAAAAAGUGUUGUUAAUAAUAUAGCAGUGAAAUAAUAUUUUUUGAUUGAAAAAUAA